CCAACCAUUAGGAUAUGUACGUGAAAACGAGUUGUCGUUUGUCUUGUCAAAUGACAUGUCUCGUUUAUGAAAAUGUUUUCUCGUGUUGUCGUCGCAUAAAUGUAUUUUAUACGACAAUUUGGGUCCUACCGUAAAUCCGCACGCACCAAAGGACCAACGCGAAAAUGGCCGACGUUCGAUUACUUAUACAAGAAGAGGGUCGAACAGCUCGUAAUUUAAUAGCAUUCAAUGUACCAGUCAGCACAAGUAAUACAGAAAAGGUCACACGAAAACCACCGAGUGUGCCAAGGGUCGUUCAGUCGGCAACCAUGAAAAGAUCCCUAAAAUCAACAGCAAGAGUUCGAUCAGCAUCAACAGGUCGCGAUAAGAAAUCUGAAUUGCAAGCGAGAUACUGGGCUUUCCUGUUUGGCAAUUUACAAAGGGCUGUGGAUGGUAUUUAUCAAACAUGUGAAGAGGAUGAGAGCAUUUCAGAAUGCAAGGAAGUAAUCUUGGUCUUGGAGAACUACACACGAGAUUUUCACAAUCUUAUAGAUUGGUUUAAAGUGAAAUGGGCUUACGAAAGUUCACCACCUCCACUGCGUAGAACACCCUUGGCAUGGGAGGUCAGGAAGACAUCACCGUGUAGAACAUGGAGUUCAUCAGUUGUACCAAGAUCCUCAUCGAGUCCUACAGGAUCCUCUUGUAGAAGUCCUGUGGACCAGACAAUUGUGGAAAAUAGGACUAUGAUGGAUGAAUCGGGUCAUAAGACUAUUAAAGAUAAUAAGAAUAAUGUAUCCAGAAAUGAUUCACAGAAUCUUAAAGACAAGUGUCGUACUCUUAUUGAACGUAGUGGUAUCAAUAAAACUAAUAAAGGUAAAUCAGUAUCAACAAAACUCGUGGCAAAAGCUAUAUCAAAGAAAACUGUUGGUACUGUUACCGAAGUUUGUGGGAAGUCCAACAGAUCUAGAAGUACUAAUGGUGAGGAUAACCGGGAACUCUCAAUUUUUGUGCAAUCCGUCCAGAAUUGUGAACAUAAAGCUCACUUGGAAGAGGAGUCUGUAAUUAACGAGGAAAGAAAGAAGAAUGACGAUGAAUGUAGAAAGAACAAGGAGUUCGAAGCAAAGAAAAAUGCAAUUAAUUCUAAUGUUAAUAGUGUCAUAAAACCUUUGCCUUUAAAUAUGUCAGUUAAUGAAGACAGUAACUCGGAUACAGAAAAUUCUCCAAAGCUUAAAGAGAUCCCAAGAGCCUGUAGAAAUAAUGAGAAAAUUUUGGGAUCAAACGGUGGAAUAAUUGGAAGUAAAGAGAAGAAAGUCAUUCCAGAAAAUAGAGCUGAAAACAAGCCUUCUCCUUGUACAACUACGUGUAACAAUAAGUCUCAGCCAAAACCAACUCCUGCAAGACCAGCCUAUGCAACAGUUUCACGUAUGAGGCCAUCGACAACUCAAACAAGUCAGAACUCUAGUUUACAGGUCCCUAAAAUGAUUCGCAGUAAAACCACUCUGGGUGUGAAGUCCAGUACUCACAGUAGUAAAGUGCGUCCAGGAACUUCAGUGAUAGUACGUAGAAAAAUACAAUCAUUACCAGCAAGUGAAAGGAUUACGAACUCUGCAAAGUGUAAUCAGAACAAGGAUCUCAGUGGUUCGGUAGAAGUUCUUACAAAACAAAAUAGCAAGCCUAAGUUAAAGGAUGAUGGGGAGGAGGGUUGGCAAACUGUAAGGAGUCGGUAUCGGCGUGGCAGUACUCAUAAUUUAAAUAUGGCUACUCGAUUUCACAAACCAAGUACAGCGACCUCAUUACCAGCCCUGUGCUUGGAUGGCUCCUCCGAUAAAUGCAAAAGAAGUUCCUGUACAACAGAAGAUAGAAGACAGAAGAGGAAGUGUCUAACCGGGAAAGCUGGAAAGAACAUGAACAACGAAGUCGAGAAAGUGAAAGAUUCGAAAAGUAAGGAUGCUCUGAAGACACUAAAGAGUGAUGAGAAAUCAAUCACUGUGAACGAUACCAAUUCUACAUCCAUGAUAGCAGCUGUGUUCAAGAGCGAGGCUGAACUCUUGGAGAAGAGAAUUCAGUUGUUCAUCGCUGCUCAGGCUGAAAGAGAACGGAUUAUCCUUGAAGAAGAACAAAAGAGAGAAGAGGCUGAUUCACAGAGGUCUCAACAAUUAUCUGAAGAAGAGGCUUCGUUGCAGAGACAAAUUUUGGAGCUAGAGUCGACGGAAAUAGACAUUGACACAGAAACUGAUGAGACCGACGGAGAGAUGGUCCUGGAAAUUGAAGGAGACGAACCAGAAGUGUCACUUGACGAUAGCACAGACGACAUUAGUUUAGAGGAUAGGUAUGAAAAUAUGCUUGAAGGUAUGUCUUGGGCUGAACGCGUGGAUACCCUUGCUCAGUUACAAGCAUUAGUAGCUCGACAUCCAGGAAGAGCUCUAGAGCUUCAUCAAAAGCUUUCAUCACCAUCCCGAAAAAGAUCGUUGCCGGAAACAUUGCGUCGUUAUCAAACAAAGCAAGCCUGUGCCCAGCACAAGCGUCAGAAGCUCCUUAUGGAAAAAUCUCAACGUUUGCGAGAACUUCUCAAUAAGGUAGAGGACGUAAAAAGCGCCAAGAAUCAAUUGAUAGAGGACAAGAGACUGAGAAUGGAGAUGAAGCUAAAGAGAGCAGAGGAGAACAGGACGCAGCAUCUACUGGAAAUUGUGAGAAAAGCUCAUGAUGAGGAUUCCAAACUUAAAGAGAUAGCUUUCAUAAACGAACUGGAAGCACAAAACAAACGUCAUGACUUCAUAGCACUUUGUCAAGAACAAGAGGAGCGUCUUCAAGGUAUCCAGGAAGAGCGACAACGUCGCCAGGAAGAAAAAGCUGCAAAGGAAGCCGCUGCCGAGGAACGCAGAAGGGCUUUGGAAGUUGAACGACAAUUGAGAAUUCAAAAAAUGCGCGAAGUCCGACGUGAAAGAGAAGAACGUGUCGGCAAGAUGCAAUUGGAGCGUGAAAAGGAACGUCAAGAAUUGGCCAGAGAGAAAGCUCGGGAUCGCGAAGAACGCCUCUCGGCGUUACAUGCUGCUCAGCUAGCCAAUCAGGAAGAGCUCCAGAAAAAGAUCGCACAGAAGCAACAGGAAUCUGCCAGAAGACAUGGUGAAAAUAUUGAGCAUAUUCGACAGCGGGCUGUAGAGUCGUCCAUUUUGCGUUCAGAAGAAGUACCACCUACAUUAAGAUCUUAUCCAGUGCAGAAACAAUGCUCCCUGUGUGGUACACUGAUUCCAAAUGAGGUCUACCUACUCAGUCAUUUAAAGAGCAAAUUGCACGCGGAUGCUGUGCGAAAGAUGCAUGACGGCCGUGAACCGCCACGAGAUGAAUUACAGAGAUUUAAUAUUGCACAGAUAAGAGAUAUGCCUGUAUCGUUAUCGAGUAACGAUGAGAAUAAGGCUGCCAAAGAAAAACAGAAAGCUUCAAAGAGAAGGAGUAGGAAAAUGAAGCAAAGGAUGACUUUACGUGGACAGGAGUGGAUGGACUCGCAAAAGAUCGUGAGUUCACAGUCGCAAGUGGAAUCUGCUAAUAAGGCAAAAUUUCGGCAAAAUCUUAAAGAGUUGUCGCGACUUUGCAAUAACCACGGGAAAGGCAAUUGGUCCGUUGUUGCGUUGUCACGUCUCGAGCGCUGUCUGGGAGAAAUUGAUAGAGCCUUUUCCAAAUCCUGUGCGUCUGAUCAAGAAGCCUUCAAUUCGUUAAACGGCUUUGAGACUUUGUCAAAUCUACUGAACCUGGGUUUGAAUUUGCAGAACAACUCACACAGCCUACCGGAUAAAAAUAUCGUUUCGAUAUGCCGUGCAUAUCGAUCAGCGAUUAAUGGCAACAUGAACAGCAUCAAGAUGGUUCUCCUCAGCAAUAAAAUUUUGGUGAUCAUGGAUUUGCUCCUGCAACGGUUAGAGAUAUUCACCAGUCAGGACGAUCAGAGUCAGAUGCAAGAAGUUACCGGAAAUGCAAUUGGCAGUGCAUCCGUAGUGACAGCCGCUAUGCAACUGUUGUGCAGUUUGGUUCCGGCAAAGCCCAUUGAGAAUGCAGCAGUGCAAGCGCGUCUUCAGGACGUCGUUGGGUACCUCGUUUCCGGCGGUAUGGUCGAACGCGUACACGGGCACAGCCGUGCGGCCGUGGAGACCGAUUAUCUGCUAGAUCAGGAUCACGAGUCGUCGUUGCUGAACUCGUCCUACGAAUUGCUAUCGCGAUUCUGCAUUCAACUCAAGGCUGAUAAUUUACAUGCGGAGGCUGGUGCAUCGGAACAGACCUCGUCGAGGGUGCAUCUGCUUGGGAGCCUAUCGUCCACCGAGGCCGCCGGCGCAGUGGGCGCGCUUUAUGCAGUUUUGGCGCUGACCGGUCAAAAUCAAAAGGGCGUGUCUCCGAUACCGAGCCAGACGGGACCUGGGUCACCCGCCAGGAUCUUGGCUAGCAGAGGACUCACUCUUCUCAGGACAAUGGCUGAACUGGAUCUAGAUAAAGUUCAAGAUCUUUUGGGCGCCGAGGGUACCAGUCUGCAAUGGCGUCUUGUGGCGUCCCACACGAUCACACGUUUGUCACGUGAUCCGCUUUCCGAAAAGUUGGAAGCAGCUCAGGAUUACGUCGUCAGCGCUACCGGCAUCCUCCUGGAGCUCUUUACCGUUCUUGGAUAUUUUGCCGUUAAUAAUUCUGAAAAUCAGCUAAUUUUACAAUCGGCUGGCGCUGGACCCAGUGUACUUCAGCAGCUGUGCUCCCUGCCGUUCCCGUUCUACGGCGACCCGAGACUGGCGUCCAGGACUUUGCCCGCGCUGCUGGCUGCUACCCACAACAAUCCCGAUGCCAGGGCUGUGUUGUCCUGCGAAUUGUCUUAUCAGCUGCUGGAGGAGUACAGAUGCUCGGACGAUGGUAAACUCAAUCCAUUGGUGCGGCUUCUCAAGGAUCCACCCAGUGCUGAAUAAUGGUUAUGACUUCGAGUGAUAAUACGUAUGGAUAAGAGUAACUUUGGCAGCUAUGCUUUCGAAUAGUCGAAUAUUCGACGCGGCAAGGAGGAAAGGUCAGGACCUUUUCAUUCGUGUAACCUCGGUAGCUCGAGGGUCUCGUAUGCCGAUGAGUUUUUAGCUGCGCGAUUUCUUCUCCGGACCUGCGUGCGAGCGAGGAAGGAGAGAGGGAAGGAAAAAAAAAUGUGCAUACCUGCCUGCAUUCCAGUGCAUCUCACGUGCUCGUUUUAUCGGUGGGAAUGGGCCUGAUGAGGGGGGCCCAUCGGGUGCAUCUUCUCAUUUCGAAGGCUGGCACUUUGAAGUAUACGAUGCAUCCGAAAAUCAACUACGAUUCACUCCAGUGACGUCAUUGUGAUCUGUCAUUGAAUUCUUUUUUUUUUUACCUUUUUAUUAUUAUUAUUUUUUUUUGCCUUUUUUUUUAAACACUUCAAACUCGUUGCCGUUGGAAUAGGUCUUUAUUUUGUUUUGCUACUCUUUCGGCCGAAUUUGCACCUGUUCGGUGGCGGGGCCCUUCCCCAUUUAUAUUGGGUCUCACUGCCAUCGUGCACCCUUUAGUGUCGAUUGCCAAUAGGAUGAAGUUGAAAAAUUUUAAAAUUGUAAUGUGAAAGCGAGAGUUAUAGGAAUCUCGUAAACAGCGGUGCAAUGUGCAGCCAAUGCAAUCGACGUGCAAAAGAAUUAUUAUAUCGAUCAUUAAUCGUAUUACACGAAUAGAAAAAUCAUUCGAUCGAUCGAUUAAUUCGAGGGAAAUCCUCACGCACUAGCAAGGUAUAGCCUCGUUAGACGAAAUUUUCCGGAGUUUUAGGAUAUUUUUCUAUGAUAGACUUUAACAGUAAUUAUGGCUUGAACUUAGCUGUACAGAUCCAAUGAUUAAUAUAUGCUCUAUUAUAGAUAUAUAUAUAUAUAUACACUCAUAUAUUAUUAAUAUAAUUAUACAUGCAUCUAUGUAAACAAUUCUCGUGAUCCACGUAGAAGUGAAUUUUUGUUAUUCAGUCAAAAUUAUUUUUUUGCUAUUAUUAUUUAAAGAAUUUUCUAUUAAUUACAAUACUCUGGGUAUGGCCAUUUUCAUUGUCAUACCGGGCACGUCGGUGUUAAUUAUUUAUUUCAAUUGAGCUGAUUGAGCUAUUUGAUUUUUUUCGUUUACUUCAUUGUCCGUAUCUCCCUGUCGUUACAGCGAUAUGCUUAUACGUAUAUUGUACUCGCGAUUUGAUUUUUUUUUGCAAAAUUGCAUUGUAUCCCUUCGUCCGAGAUAAACUAGUCAAUGAAGGUAUAAGAAUUUGUAUGAUCGUUAGUGCGACGCAGUAAAGAGAGAGAAACCGUCGAGUAUAUGAAAUUAUAAAUAUUCAUCAAGUGCGAUUGGAAUUCCACGAGUAAGAUGGAAGAGACUCACGCAGCGCCAUUUAUAUUUAUACUCAUACGUAAUUAAAAGAAAAAAAAAAAUUGUUCAACAAAUAAAUAAUAACGUAGUCACGUUCUGCCGACGGGACGUCGAAAUAAAGGAAGUAGAAACAAAA